GAGGUGUGCGGGCCGGGACCUCUCCCCGCGGCGGUGCCGGGCGCCAUGGCCCCCCCCAAGGACAUCAUGACCAACUCGCACGCCAAGUCCAUCCUCAACGCCAUGAACGCCCUGCGGAAGAGCAACACGCUCUGCGACGUCACCCUCCGCGUGGAGCACAAGGACUUCCCAGCCCACCGCAUCGUCCUGGCCGCCUGCAGCGACUACUUCUGCGCCAUGUUCACCAGCGAGCUCUCAGAGAAAGAUAAACCAUAUGUAGAUAUCCAGGGACUGACAGCGUCCACCAUGGAAAUCCUGCUAGACUUUGUAUAUACAGAAACUGUUCACGUGACAGUAGAAAACGUGCAAGAAUUGCUCCCAGCGGCAUGUCUGCUUCAGCUGAAAGGUGUGAAACAAGCUUGCUGUGAGUUUCUAGAAAGCCAGCUGGAUCCAUCAAAUUGUUUGGGCAUUCGGGAUUUUGCUGAGACACACAAUUGUGUUGAUCUAAUGCAAGCUGCAGAGGUCUUCAGCCAGAAACAUUUUCCAGAGGUGGUUCAGCAUGAAGAGUUUAUCCUCUUAAAUCAAGAAGAGGUUGAAAAGCUCAUCAAGUGUGAUGAAAUUCAGGUGGACUCUGAAGAGCCGGUUUUUGAGGCAGUUAUAAACUGGGUGAAGCACUCGAAAAAAGAACGGGAAGCAUCGCUGCCAGAACUGCUGCAGUACGUGCGCAUGCCGCUUCUCACCCCCCGCUACAUCACAGACGUCAUCGACACCGAGCCUUUUAUACGAUGCAGUCUGCAGUGCAGAGACCUCGUAGAUGAAGCUAAGAAAUUUCAUCUUCGGCCCGAGCUCCGGAGUCAGAUGCAAGGACCGAGGACAAGAGCACGUCUAGGAGCUAAUGAAGUCCUGCUUGUGAUCGGCGGCUUUGGCAGCCAGCAGUCACCUAUUGAUGUUGUGGAGAAAUACGACCCGAAGACUCAGGAGUGGAGUUUCUUGCCAAGCAUCACCCGUAAGAGGCGCUACGUUGCUACAGUGUCCCUGCAUGAUCGGAUCUAUGUGAUUGGGGGGUAUGACGGUCGCUCUCGUCUCAGCUCGGUGGAGUGCUUGGAUUAUACAUCAGAUGAGGAUGGUAUCUGGUACUCCGUGGCUCCGAUGAAUGUACGGCGAGGCCUGGCAGGAGCCACGACCCUUGGAGACAUGAUCUAUGUUUCCGGUGGGUUUGAUGGAAGCCGACGUCACACCAGUAUGGAACGAUACGACCCGAACAUUGAUCAGUGGAGUAUGCUGGGAGACAUGCAGACAGCACGGGAAGGAGCAGGGCUUGUUGUAGCUAAUGGAGUUAUCUACUGCCUCGGUGGCUAUGAUGGGCUGAACAUACUGAAUUCUGUAGAGAGGUAUGAUCCCCACACUGGACACUGGACAAAUGUCACCCCAAUGGCCACUAAGCGCUCAGGGGCCGGAGUGGCUCUGCUGAAUGACCAUAUUUAUGUAGUUGGUGGGUUCGAUGGGACGGCACAUCUCUCCUCUGUGGAAGCCUACAAUAUUCGCACUGAUUCCUGGACAACUGUAACAAGCAUGACAACCCCCCGCUGCUACGUAGGGGCCACUGUGCUGCGGGGAAGGCUGUAUGCAAUCGCUGGAUACGAUGGCAACUCGCUGCUGAGCAGCAUUGAGUGCUAUGAUCCCAUCAUUGACAACUGGGAAGUGGUAACCUCCCUGGGGAUGCAGCGCUGUGACGCUGGAGUCUGCGUCCUUCGGGAGAAGUGAUCUGGAGGGAACUUACAAAGAAGAACAUCCUAAAAAGUCUCGGCUGGAGGAAGAGUCCCAAGUGAUUUGCAGUGACUGUUCUUGAGAGUUGGGGAUGCUGUGGAAAUAGACACCAGAACAGCAGCUUUCUGUGCUGCUUUUGACUAGAGCAUGUGCAUAAACGUGUUAUCUCCGCAGUCAUUUGAAAUCGGGGGCUCUGUGUGAAGCUGGAGAGAGGUGGUGAAGUAGGUCAGGAGAAGCUGCAUUCUCUGCUGUUCCUGUGGCUCAGUCUAUCGGCAGAGCAGAGAUGCCCCCAGCCUUGGCGUCAGCCAGCCUGGUGAAUGCUUCCAAGGACAUGUACAUACAACUGGGUGGUCUCUUCAGCCACUGCAGGACCACGCGGGUCCUCUGGCUGCUCUCAGCCACCUGGAUGCGUGGGGGUGAAUCCAGCUGCUCUUAUGUUCCAGCUUCAAAUCAUCUUGUACAUACUGAAUGUUUAAACAUGCUCCUCAAGCGCACAUCAGUGCAGAGCCAAAUUGAGUGAGCGUGUGUAAGGGGGUCCUGCACUGUAGCUGCGUCUGCAGGUUCCUCACAGGUCUGCACACAAAAGGAGUCGCAGAUGAAAGCUGUCAACUACUGAGACCCAAAAGCCUGAGGCUGCAGGGGGCAGAGGGAAAAGCUCAUUGCCUGGUGUAGAAGCAGGUCUGCAGCAUUUGUGCUCUGAUCAGGGGGCUCAGCAAGGUUCAUCACAUCAUAUUUCCCUCAAAAAGUUUGACAGACCCAGCUGCAAAGCGCUGCGUUUUCUGGCAGCAGGAGCCUUGCUGUGAUGCGGCAGUGCCUUUGCUCCCACCCCUGUGGGGACAUCACCUUGCAGAGGCUGAGGCCCUGAAAGUAGGGACACAAUUGCUACUAUCCCUGUAGAUCUUGCUGGUGAGCGACUGGGGUUCGUCCCUGGACAGGCCUCUGUCCAGCGCACCCACGUCAGCCUUUCAGUCAAGUUCAUUGUGUUGAUUUGGCUUUUAUCUAGGGUUUUUCUGCUUCCAGAGCCGUUUUGGAGUGACAUCCCGGAUUCUGUUUUGCCCUUUGUUCUCAGCUGUUUAUUCCCCUGCCUCGUAACUCCACAUCGUCUUACACUAGCUAUCCUUCGCCUGCCCCACGAACUCCAAGUGAGAGCUUCAUCACUGGCUCACUAGAGCACUCUCUCCUCAGCAUGUCUCCUGCCUUGCUGCAUUUCUGGGAGCAUGGGCUCUCCUCUGCCGUCAGCUUGGCCCCUGCAGUGCCUGGGCUCUGUGUAGUGCUGCUCGUUGAGCUUACUGCUGACUCCUUGCUUGGGGGACAGGGUGGGAUCAGGGACGUGGUAGCAUGACUUAAUUAUGCACUUUCAGCCAACGCUCUGACCUUCUGCGUUUGUUUCUAUCACACAAGUGUUCUGUGGUUUUGUUUCCUAUGUUUAUUUUUUAAUGAAAAUAUAAAGAAUAAAAUAUUUCCUGAGCCAGUGGGAAUUUAGCUUCUGUUCUCUCCCUUCAAGACAUUUGUCUAACUGCAGCA